GACUGUCUUACUCUGAAGUCAUCUGAACUCACAAGACGAAACCAAACAGCUCACAACAUGAGGGGUGGGCAGAUGAGUAAGUCAGAUUUCCUGCCUCUGUCUCACCCACUCAUCCUCUCCUACUUCAGUGACACACAUCACACCACACAGCAGCACGUUGUCUCACCAGCAGCACUGGCUGAUCCUCGUCUCCCAUGACUCCUGCACGGCUGUUUGGUAGGGCACAAUAGGCAUCAAUCCAAACAAGGGACGAUGGAGGACUACACAGACACGGUCACUUACGACUACAGUGAUGUGACACCCGUCUCACCCUGUAUGAAGGACAAAGUUCAUGAGUUUACUGUGGCGUUCCUGCCUCGGUUCUAUUAUGUAAUCUUCACCCUCAGCCUGCUGGGCAACGGCCUGGUCCUGUUUGUGGUCAUCAAGUUUGAGCGCGUGCGGACGGUCACCAACGUCUUCCUCCUCAACCUGGUGGGCUCCAACCUCGUCUUCACCUUCGGCCUGCCCUUUUGGGCUGCCUACCAACUGGGCGAGUGGACUUUCGGCCAGGCGCUGUGCAAGCUGCUCGGCACGGCCACCUACGUCAGCAUCAACAGCUCCGUGCUCUUCCUCACGUUACUCACCGUUGACCGCUACCUGGCCGUGGUGCACGCCUUGGCCGUCAACCAGCACCGCAAGAGCUGCUACGCCGUGGCCGCGUCCGCCUUCGUCUGGCUUAUCUGCGGCCUGGCCGGUGUCGGACCCCUGCUCCGCUACGAGGUGACCGACCACUGGGAAAACAAACACCAGUGCAAACAAGACCAGGAUCCCUACUGGAGGCGUUUUGACACCUACUUCCACAUCGUCUGCUUCUUCCUGGUGCCGCUGGUGGUGGUGGUGUACUGCUACGUGCGGAUCAUCAUCACCGUCAUCUCCACGCAGAUCAGCGGCAAGCACCGGACGCUGCGCAUCGUCUUCGUCAUCCUGCUGCUGUUCUUCGUCUGCUGGACGCCGUACAACGUCAUGCAGGUGGUGGACCUGCAGACCCAGCUGGACUGCAACGACGCCGUCGACUAUGCCCUCUACGUCACGCGAAACCUCGCCUACCUCUACUUCUGCAUCAACCCUGUGUUCUAUACAUUCCUCGGACGCAAGUUCCAGAACUACGUCCGCAAACUUGUCUUGGGCUACGCGCCGUGCUUGAAAAGCCACCUCUCGGUGGCGGCCACCAGUCGGUCAUUGUCUCACCGCAGUCCGACAAGCGUACAGGAUCAGUGAAAGUGUUUGUGAGACAGAACGCAGUGUCAUAAUGGAUGAUUAUGAUGUUGUGAUGAUGCUCGCUGUCAGGUGUAUAAAAGCAGCAAGGUGAGAAUAGGUGCUGUAGGAGUGAGUCUUAUCUGUUCAGGUGAAACAGCUUGAUGUUGACACCUGCCUGGUGUGCAUUAUUUUAAUGUGCAUACAGUAUACGGUGUGUACUGUUUAGCCAGUAGAAUACAGAACAAAAAUGUCCUUUUUUCCAAAGAAACCUGUUUUAGGCUGAUAUCGUAUUUUUGAAUUUACAAGGAAAGAUAGGCUACCAAAUCAUUGUUUACAUGUUAUGUUCUCACAACAUGAUAACACGCCGAAAUGUUGAAAUGUUGGUCAAUACAUUUGGAGUGACCUAAUUACCAAAGACAAACAUCAGGUUGCCUAAUUUAGUUUCUCAAGCUUUUUUCACAUCCAUGCCUGUGACUUAAAGCUGCUGUUUUUAAAUUUAGUUUUAGUUUUUAGUCUUCUGACUUCAAACUGUCAUUUCCUAUGUUUCACCAUUUCAUCCUGCAGAAAAGACUUGCACCGGUGGAGUUUGUGCAAUCUCUAGGCAUCAUCACAUGCCUU